AUGGUCCAAGAUGACUUUAUCAGUGAUGGUGAUGUCCGGGCCCGUGAGGCCGCAGAUUUCACUAUAACAGAAGCUGUCGCUCAGGAUCUGAGAUGCCCUCUUGGAUAUUUUCCAUGUGGCAAUCUCUCAAUUUGUGUACCACAGAUAUCUCACUGCAAUAAUAUUAAGGACUGUGCAAAUGGAGCCGACGAGGAAGACUGUGAAGAUAAUAAUGGCUGGGCAGAUAUGCUUGAUACUAUUUCCGCAACUAGAUACUGGUUGUCCUACAAAGAAAGUCAAUCAACUGAAUGCAUACUUCCCCGCUAUCCUCCAAUAUGUGAUUGCCAGAACACACACCUGGAAUGUAUAGAUGUGAACCUACACUUUGUGCCGCAGGUUUCAGCAAAUGUCACUACUCUGUCUCUGGAGCAAAACAAAAUCAAAAGCCUUCCUGCUAAUGUUUUUAUCAAGUACAGAGAACUGAAGGGACUAUUUCUGCAAGGUAACCAGAUAAGAUCCAUCUCAAAACGAGCAUUUUGUGGACUUUACAAACUCACAAAACUGUACCUGAGUGGGAAUCGAAUUACAAUGUUUAAGUCACGUGUAUUUCAAGAUCUUCACAGUUUGGAAUGGCUAAUUGUUGAAGACAACCAAAUAUCAAAAAUUACAUCUCGGGUAUUUUUUGGAUUGAGGUCUUUGUCUAUGUUGAACAUGCAAUACAAUUUAAUAGAGGAAUUUCCAAAUAUCUCUAUAUGUGCUGAAACUCCAAAUUUACAAUGGCUGGAUUUUGAAGGUAACCGAAUCAAAUCAUUAAAUUAUUCAUCUUUCGUGGGAUGUGAUAAGCUUACAGUGCUGGCUUUAUUCAAGAAUGAAAUUACCACCAUUUCAGAAAACACAUUUGCUCCGUUACAUAAUCUGGGAGAUUUAAAUUUAUCAUCAAACAAAAUUAGGGAACUCCCUGAACAACUUUUCAGAAAUCUUCAAGUGCUAGUCAGUUUGAAUAUAUCUCAUAAUCCCAUCAGGCUUAUCCACUUGAAUCAGUUUGACCCCUUGAAGAAGCUUGCAUCACUAAGCCUAGAAGGAAUAAAAAUCCCAAACAUCGAAAACAGGAUGUUCACACCUAUGACAAAUUUAUCAUAUAUAUACUUCAAUAAAUUUCAGUAUUGUAAGUAUUCCCCUCACGUGCGCAGUUGUAAACCGAAUACAGACGGAAUAUCGUCUUUUGAAGAUCUCCUCGCAAACAUCAUCCUUAGAGUGUUUGUCUGGGUUAUGGCCUGCCUCACCUGCUUCGGGAAUCUCUUUGUCAUUUUUAUGAGGUCGCUUAUCAGAGCCGAAAACAAAAUCCAUACAAUGUGUAUUAAAAUUUUAUGCUGUGCUGAUUGCCUGAUGGGAGUGUAUCUAUUCUUUGUUGCAAUUUCUGAUAUGAAGUAUCGUGGGGAGUACAACAAAUAUGCACAGCUGUGGAUGGAAAGUGUUCAGUGUCGAAUGAUUGGUUUUCUGGCCAUGCUUUCCACUGAGGUCUCAGUGCUAUUAUUGACCUUCUUGAGUCUGGAGAAGUAUAUUGUCAUAGUCUUCCCAUUCAGCAACAUUAAACCAGGCAAGUACCAGACUCUUGCCAUAAUCAUCACCAUCUGGCUUGUUGGAUUCAUUAUUGCUGUAAUUCCACUCUGGAACGAGGAUAUAUUUGGGAAUUAUUAUGGAAGAAAUGGCGUCUGCUUCCCUCUACACUCUGACCAAACAGAGAAAGAGGCUGCAAAAGGCUACACAACUGGAAUUUUUCUUGGUUUGAAUCUCAUUGGCUUCAUCAUAAUAGUCUUCUCUUACUCCAGCAUGUUUUGUUCCAUCCACAAGACUGGAAAACAAAUAUCUGAGAUGAAAAGACAGUUUCGAAGUGAAGUUGCUGUGGCCUAUAGAUUUUUCUUCAUAGUGUUUUCUGACGCCCUCUGUUGGAUUCCUAUUUUUCUACUGAAGAUCCUCUCAUUGAUUCAGGUAGAGAUUCCAGACACAAUUACUUCAUGGAUGGUGGUAUUCAUACUCCCAAUAAACAGUGCCUUGAACCCAAUUCUCUAUACUCUAACAACCAGCUACUUCAAGGAAAAGGUAAAACAGCUUUUGUGCAAACAUCAACGAAGAAAUUCAAAACACAGAAAACAUUUCUUCACCUCCAUUGUGUGGACAGAGAGUUCUUCAAGACAGUCAACUUCAUCAGUUAACAUUGGGUUUUUCAAGAGGCCACCUGUAGUAGAGAAUAUAUUAGAGAAUUCAAAAUAUCGUUGA